AUGGGGCUGGAGGGGGAGGAUCUCACCCCCAGCGCUCCGCAAAAUGGCGGCGGGAGGGAGGCGGACUACAACUUCCAUGAUGCCCCGGGGAUGAGGACUACAACUCCCGUCGUGCCCCGCGCCACGGGGAGGGGGCGUGGCCGCGUUCCCCACCCUAUAAAUAGGCCCCAUCGCGAAGCAAAGGCCUCUCAGCCGCUGCUGCCGCCAUCUUGCGGGGUGCCCGUUGCCAUCCGCCGCCAUCCGCCGCCAUCCGCCGGCCCCGCCGCCGCCCGCCCGCCGGGACUGAGGGCGGCGUCUCCGCCCCGCCAUGAGGGCCAAGUGGCGCAAGAAGCGCAUGCGCAGGCUGAAGCGCAAGCGGAGGAAGAUGAGGCAGAGAUCCAAGUAACGGCCGCGAGCAGGGCCGGCCGGGGCCCCGGUGCGUUCGGGCCGCGCGGCUGCCGUUGUGCUGUGAAUAAAGCUGGUGGUGACAGCGAGCGUGUGGUUCCUGCGGCGGGGAGCGGGGAGGGGGUGUUGGGACGUCCGCGUCGCACGGCUCAUGACGUCACUGCGCUCCGCCAAUCCCCGCGCGUGUCGUCCUUCCGCACCGCCCCGGAAGCACCAUAG